AACGAAUUCAGCUUUUCAAUUUAACAAAAUAAAUCCGACCAGUAUUACGCACUGUUCAAAGUAGAUUUUUCAUCUUUUUUUUUUUUAACGGAAAAUUGCUUUCCUCGCAUUCCUGUUUUGGCAGAAUAGAGAGGCGAAGCUGUUGGCAACACGAAUAAUGUUUAUGCUUUGAGGGUUGUGUGUGUUUUGUUGUAGUAGUGUAUAACGCUGUUAAGUUUAUUCCCACCUUAUUGCGUAGAAGAUUAAGAUCUUUACGUCGUUUUGCCGGAUGCCAGAAAGAGAAGCGAAGGUUUCUAUUCUAGGAAAAGUCGCUUGGAUUCAGAGCAGUCGUCCAUCCUAGCGUUUCUGCGAAUGCUGCCUUGAUGCGUUUGUAUAGAUGGAUGUCCUCCCUAGUUUUCGCGAAUUGUUUGCAGUUGUGGUUCUUUUUGGUGCAAUACGUGGGUCCUCCGAGUCGGAAGGUAAAGAGCUCGUAAUAACCGUCCCGUCUGGCAAGGUAGCGCGGCGAGUUGAUGAUGACCUGAACCUUACCUGCAAAGUCGCCUCUGAUGAAAGGUUCCACAUAACAUGGGUUACUCGCCAGGACAAGAUGCGCCAGGCGCAUCGAAUCAAGAUAGAGUCUGAACAUUUCAACGAAAAGACAGUGACCAUCUAUCAUCUGGAAGAACCCGACACCGGGUGGUACACAUGCGUCGCACGCCACCACGAUUCCAAUGUUAACCGAGUGUUCAACAGAACGGUCUAUGUGUCCGUGUCAACUUACGCAUCAUCUGGCAGGCGGCCUUGCUACAACCAGUCCUUUGUGUGUGGCAAUGGGUACUGCAUUCCGAAACGAUAUGCCUGUGACGGUCACGUCGACUGCCAUGACAGUUCUGAUGAAGCACCCAAGCACUGCGGGCCUGACCCCUGCGAGGACAAGGUGCUCUGUGAAGAUGGCCGCUGUCUGCCGCGCUCUCUAUGCUGCGACCCUGCUACACAACCGGACUGCCGAGUCACCUAUGUGCUCCCUUGCUGCAAAAAGUACCUGGCCAGCAUAGCCAACACUACAACAUCGCUGGUAGGGGUGCUGGCACGCCCCCCACACCAGCGGUUGGGUGCCAGCGUGGAAUACCUGCAGUCGUCGGUGUACACUGUGGUCAGUUGCGCAGUGGUCUUCAUCCUGGUUGCCACAGUCAUGGUGGCGGCCAUCUGCCGCAUACACAUGCGCCGUGCAGUCAUGGCGAGCCCCUUCCCUUUUGUCAGUGGCCACGCUGACCACCGUUGUCUUCCCUGGUGUCGGCCGCUGCAUCACCCAGUCACCACGACAGGGAUGAGCUUUGGUGAAGGGGCCCCCGCAUCAUGCACGCACCUUGCGGGAGCUGACCUUCGGACGGUGACAUGCGCCCAUGGCAGCUACGUGGUCGCCACAUACAGCAGCAGUGGUACACCAGGCGGCCGGCCCAAGCUGCACUUCCUCCAGCAGCUUCCCAAGCCUCCAGAGUACUCACCACUCGCGCAAGGCCCACCACCACCCUACCAGAGCACCGAGCAGCUCGCCACUGCUGGCAGCAAGGAGUCUUCCACCGGGACACAGGGAACGUCCGUGGCCAACACUUCGGGCGUCACAACGCGUGGCUCAUCUGCCACCCACCCGUGGCCGUGCCACUUGUGGCCGAGGGAUGAGUCGCCGCCACCGUGCUUCUCCUCCCUGCAGGACUUGAGCGAAUGUGAAGCCCAGUGUCUGCUGCCGGCGUUUGAGGAAGCUGUGGCAUCCAACGGCCGCUAUGAUGCAGAUGUUGCUGGUUUCCACAGAGCACCUUUCCGUGACGACCCUGCAUUUGCCGGUGAACAGGUGGAGCCUCUGUCAGGUUCCUCCUCUGACUGCACUCUAGCCGCUGGCGGCAGGAGCAGCAGCAGGCUUCCGGAAACAUCCAACAGUCCCACCAUGGGUACACACUUGCAUGAUGAAUCAUUUUCUAGUGUGCCAGCAUUUAUCAGCAGAUUGGAAAGUUUGGCAGUUUCCGAUUGCCAGGCGGCCUCUUUCGGCGGCACAGGUGGUGGUAAUGCAUGUCAAGAAUCUGUGAAUGUUGAUCGGAGGGCAUCCACUUGAUGUUGAGGUUUGAGAAAGGAAAAAUGAUGAUUGUGGCUAACUGGGAAGUCAUGUUAAUGCUGGUACAGCAGCCUGUGCGAGCCUAUAGGAGCCUGUUUUCUUGGGAGGUCCCGUUUUGCUAGUGUUUGUCAAUGCCCAGAAAUUGCACGUUCCGUGCCUUGUACAGGCAGUUUGCCAGGAACAUCAGGCAAACUUGAAUGUUUAUGCGCAUCAGAGAUGCAUCAACACUUGACGAUGCUUUGGUCUUUAACAGAGUACAUGCUGUAGCAGACCUUGUUGUACCAGAAACAAUAGUGCUGUGUUUGUGGAGGGCCUGUAAAUAGUGCUGAUUCACAGCGGCAAAUGAAUACAGUCUCAGAGGUUUUAGAAAGCUAUUAGUGGCUUAAGUUCUGCAGAAGGAUGCAAACUGGACAGGGUGACGCUUAAUUUGGUGGACACAAGGCAUGACAUGUGGCUCUGUACAGCUCUGAUGCAUCUGUUGGCAUUGAGGCUGUAUGCAAACUUUGCCUGAAGAGUGAGAUUGCAAAAUAUAUUCACUUUUAAGCUAGAUAUGGUACCGCACCAUGGUGUGCUGUGAUUGUUUUGAAAGGUUUCUUGAGUUCUAUUGUUUAUUAUAUAUGCACAUGAAUUGCCUGGUAUACUGAGAGUGGCAAAAAGUGGAAUGCAAAGUGUGCAACAGUUUGAUGCUGUAUAUCAGUAUGGUUAUCUCCUAGGCGUGCUAAGCACCAGGUAGGUUGCAUUAAAAUGGAUCCUGAGCAUUUUGACUAAGCCAUAGGCACGUUACGCCCUUGUACCUCUAGUUAUGUUCACCAGAUCGAUUUGCAGUUGGAUAACGUGCAUGAGUUGUAUGUAGUACAGGAAUUCUUUGAAAUAUUAUGGGGGGCUCUUACUUUAGAAUAGUUACUGUUGCUUGAACUGAAAACUUUUAGUAUUUUAAUAGUCAAUAACUAUGCGGGGUUGCCACAUGAAGGCUCUUGUUUUCAGUAUUGAAGCCUACAGGCAGCAAGAAAAGUCAAACGCACCAUUGAACGAAAGUUAUUCUCUAUUGUUACCUGAGCAAUCUAUAGAAUUGACUAUGUUUUCUUUCAAGUCGCUCUUUUUCUUUGCUUUAAGCAUAACUCGUUAUAGUGUUUCUUUUAUCUGUGUUCAGUGCAACUAUAUCUAACUGUGUAUUAUCAUUUUUCAUCCUGCGUUACUGUGCCAAUUUGGACAUUCCAAAUGUCUCUAAUGUAGAAUUCAGGUAAACAUUCUGUUUCUUAACUGCUGUUUGUGAUUUGCACUUGUGUAUGUGUGGUUUUCUUCAUGGACCUUUGUUCGGUUAUGUGACUUGCUAAUUAUUAUACUGAAGAAAUCCGUUUUUAUGGCCAGUUUUGAAGUGUAUGUGAAACAUAUUCUUCUUGUGUAAGAUAUUAACUGUCACUUGAGAUGUGCAUUUAAGCAAGCCACUCAGCUCUCGGUGACUUUACAUGUUAACUGCUUAGCUCUUAAUACAACAAAAAUAUUUUGUCACUGAAACAGCACAUUCAACGAAAAGGAAUACUGUUGUGCUUGUGUUUUUAGAACACACAAGGGCUAUUUGCGUCAUCUUUGCAAUACAUGUGGUCUGAAGCAUGGAAGAGAUAGCAUGUGAAGGAAAUCAGAAUAGCAUGGCAGAGCUUGUAAGCUUGACCUUUUAGGGUUCAAGAUUGACCUGCAAACAAGGCAGAAAGUAAUAUGUUGGUUUUUAGCUUGGAAAAUGCUCUACAUAACAGUGCCAACAUCUUUGAGGUGCUGUUCUAAAGGAUAUGUAAUACAACUAUGUAUCUGACAUUUUAGUUUGUUAUGAUAUACUCCACCAACUGGCAAAGUAAUAUACUUAAUUCUGCAGAAUUUCUUACUUACCCAACAAGAGUUUGAGACUGCGGUUAUGCAUUAUGUGCUUGCAACAUAAGUUGGAAAACUUGUUAGCAGUGAAUUCGUUUCUAGAUAGAUUUCUAGCCUGAUGUUAUAUGACUACCAUACCAAAACUGUUGACAAAAAGAGCAUGCUACUUUUAACGCUUGGCAUUAGAGAUACUCUUGUACUUUUGUGUGCUCUUUCCUAUGACUGUGCUAGCAACUGGUUUUAAGCACUAACGGAUGUAACAAAGCCAGUUUCUUGGUAGCCUUUUGUGAGUAGCACUAGUAAAAUGAGCUCAGACGACAGAAAUCUCGCUACAGCAGGGCCCCAAUAUCUUGCCUAUGACAAAGUGCAGGCCGUUUUCCACUGCUAGGCGUAGCAUUUUGUUUGCCUGUUCUCACUGCAGUUGCGGGAGGAACUCUUUGUCUGUGACGUGUCUCCAUUUUCCCAUCAAAGUGGGCUCGUUGUGCCGCCACAUAUCAGCUAGCGUACAAAACUCGCAGGAAGUGGCUAGUGUUGGAGAAAGGGACAGAAUGGAAAAACCAUGUGGCUGUGCUUUCAAGGAGAUCGUUUGCACUGUGUCCCUGUUGACUAGUCGAUGGGUGUGAGCAUAAUGGAGGAAAUGAGUAAACAGGUGCACUUCCCAUUAGCUCUACUAUCCCACAUACCAACAUUGUUAGAAUAACUGCAGAAACGUUGGCGCAAUAACGGGUGCCCCUCUUGGCAUUGAGGCAUUGCGCUGAAUGAAAAUACAAGAGUGAUUCUUGUAGUGAUUGAUUGAGAGUUAACAGCCUCAUCAAUGAGGGAGGAAAAGAUAUGCGAGGCAACGUCAAAGUGGUGUCGUCGACACACAGGGCAGAGGUGUUUGUGUAACAUCCCACAGCCAACCCCACACUUUCUCUUGCUCACACGUUUUUCACCAGGUAGCCUAAAAGCAGCAAUAUGCUUCUGCUGUGGAGGAAAGAAACGCUUUGUGCCAAAUAUGUUGUGAGAGCGCCGCUUCUUUUUCUGUCCUCUGCCCGUCCAUUGCAUCUGAAAGUAUGUUUCAUGACACCGGCACAGAAUGCAUGCUGUGCUGUUGGGGCUUGAGUGCUGCACAUAGCAGAUUUUGUAGGAGGCUCUCCUCUUGGAGGUGUGUUGUCUUUUCUCGAAACUUGGACCUUUUUCCAAGCUUUGUUAGCACAUGCCAACACGUGUGCAAAGCUCCUCUGAAGUGGCUCUGAAAGAAAGAGGCACUCAAAUUGUUACUGUGAACGAACUGUGAGGUGUGGCGCUUGCAUACUUCUGGUAAUGUGAUGUUUCUGAGUUAUGGACAGCACUGCAAACCUGAGAAAUUUCACAGUUGUAAGGACAGGAUGGCUUGCUCAGGAGGAAUGUGACUGCUCGCACAGAUUGCACUGUAUCUGUGUGCACCAUCAGGCGUCCGCGUUAGUAUACAUGCCAGCUGAGCACAAGUACUGCAACAUACUUCUGAUCAGUGCCGUUUGAUAGUGCGCCCCGCAGGCAGCAUCGGUAGUACCAUGUAGACGAGGCCAUUUUGCAAAACUGAACUCUAGAGGAGAGCCUUCUCAGGCUGUAGCCUCCCCACUUUUUCUGGUUGUGCUUCAAAACAAGUUCAAAGUGGACAACAGUUCAUAACCUUUGAAUGGUGGCAGCACACAGCUCAUGUGCUACCACCUCCAUUCCCUUUGUGGAGGGGGAAAAAAAAGAAAGAGGAAGAGCUACACCGCACUGUUAUUUUUUAUGUCAGAGCACAUGCAGAUGGAUCCAUGGUUGUGUCCUUAUUUCCUGGUCAAAUCUGUACUACUGCUGGUAACUUGCUGCUUCACUCGAAAGGGUGUAGGUGUUUGUGCGUGCGAGCAGAUGGCACAUUUGUUGUGCUGCUUGGUGCAUUUGUGUGUAAUAUUCGAGCAGGCAUAUCCCUUUGAACCAGCAUAUCAAGGAUCGCCUUCUGUGUGUGUGCAUGUGUGUGUCUAUGUUAUCACUGGCAAAAGCUCAGACUGAAUUCCUGCCAUACAGCUUGCUUUUACUGGGGCUUGUGCUUUUUGCUCUGCUUGGGAAUGGUGGCGUCUGCAAAGUGCUUUCGUUCAUAAGUCCAGAGAGGUCCAUAGAGCAACAUUGCAACACUCUUUCAAGACAGAGUUUACCUGCAUUGCUGGGGUAUGUCUGUAAUGUACUUGCACUACGUCAUCCACCAUUUCUUUCCCCACCUUUUUUUUUUCAUCUACAAGUUUCAGUUGUAAUGAGUGUUGAUGCUGUGAGCAUGACUUGAACUGCCGUAGUUCUGCCAGCGUUUGCACUGAAUGUUAGAUGCAGAAGUCCCCGCCACCGUUUUUGUAUUUGCUGUUAAGGAUGAUGGUGCAAAGAAAAAAACAAAAAAAUUAAGGAAGGAGGGCUAGAGUGAUUUAAGCUCUUUAAAGGCACUCUGAUGGUAUUGACGUGCGAGGUGAUUUCAGAGCAAAAGUGCGUUUAAUGUUAAGAGGCUUAGCUCGUUCUUUAAAGCACUGCACGAAAAUUUGGCUCUGGUGACGCAAGCUGUUCCACAGUGUCUUCAAUGCUCAGAAUAUUUGCGAAAUUGUGAGAAUGAUUAAACAGGUGCACUCACACCACACAAGAGUGCUAAUGUGCUUUGCUACAGCUUUUGCAUUUUGGGCGCAAACUUGCUUUAAUGAAUGCUUGCCCCCAAAAUAUCCUCAUUGGUUUAUCUUGUAAGGCAGUGUUUUCUCGGAGUGUACCUGUGAGUGACAUAUCAUAAGCAAUGAAAGACCAUGAUUGUGACAUUAUGGAGGCACUACCUGUGCAGCUUGCAUAAGAAACUAAAUUCUUUCUUGAUCAAUAGUGGUCGAGCAACAUCUCUUGAUUGGCCACGGUUUAUCGCUUCAAAUUUACAUCUCUCUGUGAACCUCGGUCUUGCUUAAAUCCUCUUUUGGCUUUUAGCAAAUGGCGUGGUGCAUGUUGCUUUAUGGUCCCUUAAAGGAAUUUUGGAAAACGUGAUUGGGCACUUUUAUUGUUCAAACUUUUGCUGAUUGCAUGUUGUCACUCGUUCCAUUUACCACUUUGUGUCCUUUCUCGGAGAGGAUGGCCGAAGCUGGGGCAUUGCUGUGCUGCAGGGAGUGUGGCAGGUGGUUGCCCUCUAGGAAGAAAGAUUAUUUGAACCUUGGGGACAUUCAACACUUUUGCAUUUUAGCAGAUUCUUACAGGUCUACUGGAAGCUGGGUGUUCCAGGUGUCAAACUUGAAGAUCAGCCAAAGAGAUUCCAGAAGUAGCCAUAAGACAGCUAUCUUUAAUCCAGGAAUGCAAGAAGUAUAAGAAAGUCAGGAAAUCAAUAGUUUGACAACUUGUCUGGUGGGGUAGUAAAUUCAUGUAAAAAAAAAGGAAAGGACACCGAUUGCGGUUUCCUUUGCUCUUCUGGCUUGAAUAACAAAGUCACGAUUAUCACAAGGAAAGACUUGUCAAUAUAUAAGGGCAGUUAUUUCUCUGCCUAUGCUGCCAGAUGGUGGUUUGUAAAUCGAUGAUAACGGCUUAUCGUUUUUUGGCCGACACCAAGCCACAAUAAACCGCCAUGACAACUUCUGCCAAACAAAAGCAAAACAAUGUUUACUUUAACCAGGGGCACGAUUGGGGAUUGUUGUUCGGAGCUCGUGGUGCAACCGAAUGCGCGCCCCGAACAACAAUCCCCAAUCGCACCCCUGUUGCGUGCUUUCAAUAUUCAUUCAGUGCUUCUGUGAUAAGUGGCACCAACUUCAGAUGUAACAGAAGAAAAAAAAAUACAACAAUAAAAAAGACAAUUGAACCUUGUUAUAACAAAUUGCAUAUGACUUGAAGAUAUAUUUGUUAUAUCUGAUGUUUGUUAUAAGCAUAUAUUUGCUAUACCUGAAUAUCUCCAAGAAAAGUUUAGGUUAACUUUGUUACAUCAGAUAAUUUGUUAUGGCUCUGUUCACUAUAUUGAGGUUAGACUAAUAACUAUCAUGGAUAUCACGUAGACAACACAAGUAGUAGCACGCGUCCUGUACACUUCUACUUCUGUUGUUCCUUUGUAUUUAGCACAGUACCCCUCUUUCUCACAGAUGGAAUAGCACACUGGUAUAAAAGUUAAAAACAGGAUAAGGUGCCUCAGAAAGGCUGGCGAGUCUUUUGAUAGGAGGCCUUUGACGAAAAUAUGUCCUCCUCUCAAAACAUUGGCCAGCCUUUCUGAGGCACUUUAUCCCUCUUUUUUAACUUUUAUACCACAAUGGACAUAAUGAUAGUAGCGUGUAGGGAACAUAUGCUUAUAACAGAUAUCAAAUAUAAUGCAUAUUGGAGGUAUUCUCAUGUCAGGUGCGAAUUUGUUUUAAGAAGUACCAGUGCAGCCAGGAAUUUGGUAGCAGAACACCCACAAAGUACUCAUUAUGUCAUCAUGUAGGAAAAGCUGCCUAUUGUGCUCCAAGAGCUAUGAGCCCAGUGCACCUGAAUUGCAGCUCUGGUUAGAUUACACUGCAGCAUUGCUUCUUCCUAGUGCCUUGCUGCUGUUGCAAGCACUUUUUUUUUCCUUCUUGCAAAUAGCGCAGCCUCCAAGCCUAGCAUUUGAGCACAGAUCCUUGUGACGCGGGCUGCCACACAAUUAUGCAAUGUACAUGCACCCACAUGAUGUACGUUUUCUCAAUUGCCAAUAUCGUAUUUUCACUAUAGUGUUGUUGUUCUGGCUGCGGCCAAGGUCAUUCGUGUGACGGUGUGGCGACUUGUAGUUGUGCCAGACUUUUCUGAGCCCCCCCCCCCCCUUCAGUGCCAAAGUGUUUAACCCUCGUUCUAGCUGUUCUUGAAGUUGCACAGUAGGUCUUACUCACUGUAGGUUAGCAUAGUGUUGCUCUUGGCAUUUGCCACUCAAGCAUGCUGCUUGCUGCUGAGUUUUCUAACCAGGCAACAGCAUUGACUGCUCAUCACCAAGGUUGUUGCUCUUUGAAUAUAAAACUGAGGACACCUGAAGAUUGUUGCUAUUUCUAGCCGCACCCACGGUGGAUCUAAUGAAGUUCUUGUUCCUAUUUAAUUUCCUUUUUUUAAGUCGGCACCAUCACUGGCAGUCUCACUUAAUGAGCUAGUUCCCAAGAAAAACACAAUGUUUAAACCGGGUUGCCCCUUCUUAAAGUGAACAAAGUAGCGUCAUUUUCUGAAUGGCAUUGCAGUUGUGACGAAUUCGGAAAUAAUAGUUCAGAUGAAAUGUGCUUUGUCUGAGCAGGGAAAUGCAAUACCAUUUGUAUAUUUAUUAAAUAUGUAGUGCAUGUUAAUAAUAGUCUUCAUAUCUAUAUGGGAACAGAAGAUUGAGAGCAAAGUAUGCAAGUGCUUGAUGUUUCCAUCUUCCAAUACGCAUUCACAUGGUGUUAUGGCAGUCAUGCACAUAUACAGCCAUAGGAACAAAAGUGCAAAAUUGUACGACCGAGCAGACUGUUGGUAAAGAAUUGUAUACCGAUAGGGUUGUACUUUUAUUGGUAAGAAACUGUGACAAGAAUACCAUCUUCCUCUGUGGGUGCGGAAUGUUUAGCAUUCAGUUCGUGAUCACGCUAGAGUAUUUCAUUUGUACCUGUAAGCCGUUAGCCACACCAAAAUGCCCUUGCAGCUUAUUGUGGAGCAGCUGCAGUGGCUUUAAGUGUGGAAGGCUCAGUUUUACUAUCGGUACACAGUGUCCUUGACCGUAUUGGCCGCUUGAUCUAGGAUGCUCCAGAGUUAUUUUUCAUCUUGCCCUUUGCACUGGGGCAGUUCACAGCGAAGAGUUUAUAGUUCCUUCUAGUGCCUCAGAGCCAAGCACCAACCGGUGCAGCCACUUUGCAGCGAUCGAGCCAUCCUGAUGUCCAAGUGCUCAAAACUGUUGUCAAUUGUCCUCCCCACCAUUUUGUUUGUGCAGUGUCCUAGUGCAGUCGUCAUGUCAUCUGAAGAACUACCUCUCCAUUAUUAAAUUAUCUUUAUUCACUGAACGUACUGGGCUUCUGGAUGGCCCAGUGUUGGCCAGCAUUUGUAUGCUGAUUAAGCAUGGUCAAAAGUUUAUUUUCUACUAUAACACCUAUGCUAAUGCAGAGCUCGGUACACUUUCUACAAAGCUGCGUCAGAAGGCUAAUCAGUUUAGCAAUGUGUACUGUGCAGGCUGCGAGAAGAGUAGAAGCUCUCUUUCUGAGGCAUGUCACUAGGUGUUGCCAAACGCAGUGAAUCUAGAUAUCGGCAAAUGUCCUUUCGAUGUUGCCUUUUUUUGAAGCCCUUGCCAAUCAGGUCACCUAUGAUGCUUCCUUUGCAAGCAUCACUGUGUGUGUUCUUCAUGAGUGAGUAUGACGGCUGCAUUGCCCAACUUGUUUGUAUGUCAGCCACUUGUUACUCCCGUCAACACCCACUGUCGUCUGGAACUUCUCUGUAAGCUUCCAGACAUGGCAUUACGCCACGGUUCCUUUUGAGUGACCUGAACUUUUUUUUUCUUUUUCAAACAAUGCAGCGUUUUCUGCUGACAGCUCAUUUCGCAUUGUUUGGCGAUGUUUAAACGUGGGGCUUGCAAUCUGCCCUAACAUACGCAACAUAGCAUCAUAGAGCUUCUCGCUGUUUCUCACAUAAGUAAUGUUGGUAAACCGUGUGACAUCGCACCUGUUAGACCUGCUGCCUCAAGCACUGCUCACCCUGUGUUGUGUGUGUGGGUGUGUGUGUUGCGAUUUGUGCCUGCUUGGGAAACUUGUCAUGCGAUACCUUCUUGUUUUUUGUGCCCUUCAGGCAUACUCCUGGAAGAAACGUUAUGGAGGCUUUCGCACUCUGUUUCUCACUGUUAUAGGCAUACUUUCUGUGACAAGAGCAUUCCGUUGCAUGAAUGCUCAUGGCACAGACUUUUGUAGCAACAUCUUGUGGCUAGCGAUGUGCAUCCCAGCUGUCUGCAGUCGGUGACAACCCAAGAACAAAAUGGCAAAAACACCGUAGUUCAACUCGAAAGGAAUUUGUUAGAUGUGCCAGCUAAUUCCACUCACUUCUGUGACAUCACGGUGGAGAUGAACUUCAUUCAUUGACACCGUCUGGUGACUAUGUUUUACAGAGCGGAGACACAUAGCAUAGGUGUGGCAUGUUUUUAUGGGCGAAGCUUCGACUGGUUUCUUGGGUUGUCACCAAGUAUAGGUUUGUGCGUAAUACCUGCCAUAGCGGCUCUCUCACUUGUUGCUCUGUACAGUAAGAUACGGAAAGGAUCAGUGUUUGAGCUGUUGCAACACGUGGAGCCGUUUAUAUUAGGAAUUUCAUCGGAACUGCAAGGUGGUGUCCUUCCUUGCAAGAAAGCUGGCUUGCAAAACUUUGCUGGUGUGAUCUGUUUUCCAUAGUGCUACAGCUGAUACAAUUUCUAUAUGUAAUUUUAUUAAGUAAAUGGCAAAACAAAACAGCAACCACCUUCCACCAUAACAAUCAGAAUUGUCAUGCUGUCGCAACAGUCACUGUGUGACGACGUUGGUCAAAUUGUCAACAAAUAGCGUCCAGAAAGUUCUGCAAGUGAGCACGACCACAAGGAAGGACACAAACCUUGCUUGCACUAUGACCUGCGGCAACACUGGUAGAAUUUUGAAUGCGUCAAUGCCAUGUACGUCAAGCUCAGUAACUUCUGCCAGUCGCGAAAUUAUGCGUUCGCUGGUAAAAUCAAAGUAUUUAUGUGCACCACUUCGCUGCGUCUACACAAUGUAGCCAGUUGCGCGUUUGGCCCCUUCAGUCACGUAGUUUCAUUGUGGUAAAUGUGCGCCUUUGUAAACCAUUUGCAUCCAGUGAAUCUACUUCACCUCUUUGCUCAUGCACUGUACAGUGAAGUUUUAACGUGCUGUUGGGCUGUGUACCUUAUUGGUUGUGCGCGAGCCAGUCGCUGAGGCCUUUUCUUUUAGAAUUAAUAUUAUUCUGCCAAGAAAUGUGCAAUGGAAACACUAGAUUAGUGCAAAUAAGUGUCCUACUCGAAUACUGCGCUUAUGGUAGCAUAGAUUGACGGAACGGUUGUCCCACUGGAGCAACUUCCAUAUCUUCUAAGGCUCAUCUGGAAAGGGGAGAUAGAUUUAAAAAAAAAAGAAAGGCGUACAGUACUGCUGUGCCAUUGGUGCUUUGACAUAGUGGCCGUAGAGUUACAUCAGUGGCAGGACACAACACAUGACCAGUCAGUUAGAACAGUACGCACAACUGUUUGUAAACACUAAUGUGCAUUCGUGUUAAACUUAGUUUUUUGUGCUUUCCCGGCCGUACGAGUCAUCCAGACGUAACAUUGAAAGGUAUGCUGUACCUGUCAUGAGCCUGUUGCUCUUCGUUCUUGUCACUGUUGUCAACGAACUUUGCGUUAGCGUUUUAAAGCAGCGGUUAUUGAAGUGUGAAUACUUAAGUGCAAUUGGUUACUUCGCUGCAACAUAUCCACGUAUGGUGCACGUGCUGUACUCUCACCUGAGGCCCUUUUUCUUUUUGUCUUGGAUAUUGUAUGUGCGUUGUGCAUUGUCAUUGAUCUGCUGUGGUGUACUUUCAGCGGAUUAUCACCCAGAAUGAUUUGUGGCGCCUUGUGCAUGCCAUGAUUGUUGCGUCACAGUCUAAAAUAUUUAUGGAAAAUUUGAGGGUGGAGCCUUCCUAAGUGAAAAGGUAUCUAAGCAUUUCUAAUCAGAUUGCACAAGAGAAGGGUGCGGUAACGUAUGCAUUUCAAAGCAGUUCGCGUCGUUCGCCGCACGGGUAAACAAGACUUUGCUCCAGCAUGAUUGGUAUGCAUUCGGCGAUGAGGUGGCGCUACUAUCACUUGGUUCAGUGCAACCGUUCUGGGUGUAAAAACACAUUCGCCUUUCUUUCUGGGCGGUGCCGUCCUAAGCAAGAAAUGUGUUCCAGAGCUUUUAGCUCCGCUCGGCGCGAGGCAAAAGACUAGCAUCGUCGGCUGGUCGAGGACUCCAUCCAUUCCUGUUGUGUUGUCUCGUGUCCGUAAACAUUGUUUGUUUCUGUCUAUCUAUGCGUCUCGCAUGCCUUGGUGGGCUCGAUCGCUGCUGAGCCUCGCAUACAUUAUAUAUACUUGGAACAUCUGCUGCAACGACAACUAAUAAACUAUAUAUAUCUAUAUCGAUGCUGAAA